AUGCCUGGGACCUGCGAGGUUUGCGUCUCGGAGCCUUCCAAGUACAAAUGUCCCACUUGUGGGCUGAUGAGUUGCUCGCUCGCCUGCACCCAAUCCCAUAAGAUCUACUGCGCGCCCAACGUUCAAGCACCCGAUACCACUACCGCGGCGAAUAUUGAUCAGUCACCGUCAAAUACCACCAACGAGCCUGAUGCGAACGAGAACGCCCAGUCGAAACGAGAUGUAUUCGACGUGGAAGCCCUAGCGUCUUCGCCGCAGAUCAAGGAUCUUCUCGCCCAAAACCCCAAGCUUCGUGAUCAAUUGCAGGAUAUCUACAAAACUACACUGGAAGAAGAGUGGGUAGAACAUGGGCACGCAGGCCGAUCCCGACCCUACCGACGGGGACGAGGAGGACGAGGGGGCCACCAGAACAGGGGUUCAUGGACCUGGGAAAAGGGAUAUAACCGGGGUCUGGGCAAAGUCAGGAAGAUGAGAGAGAGAUGUGAGGAAGGACUGGAAACCGGCAAGCAUGCCGAGGACUUUAUGAAAUUCAGGACUCUGAUCAACGGUGACGACCAGAAUCAAACGUCUGUUUGA